AAAACAUUUCAAGGUUUGAUUCUACUGAGCAAAACUAAACAUGAUGUCAUCAGUGCAGUAUUCCAAAGGUUUCCUGGUCGUUUUAAUAUGCCAAGUAUGGCUUCCCUCAUUUGUGUCAAGUGAGACAACCACCCAGGCAACCAGCUCCUCCAUGACCACGGCAACAUCUUCUGACUCCAUGACAACUGAUUCAACUGCAACAAAUGCAACGGAAUCUAGCACUGCCGCUACAGGAGCUGCCUCUACAACAGGAGCUGCCUCUACAACAGGAGCUUCCUCUACAACAGGAGCUGCCUCUACAACAGGAGCUGCCUCUACAACAGCUGCCAAUAUGUCCACGUCCACAGCAAUGGCAGCCACCCCUACAGGAACUUCUGUUACAAGUGCUGCAACGUCAACAUCAUCUUUAACUACCAUGGUUUCCACAAGCAUGACCUCUAACAUGACCACAGGUUCAGUGAGUAGCACCAGCAGCCCCGGCAACAGUACCAUGGGAGGCAGCUCCAACAGCACGAUCUCAUGCCGUACCUUCACUUGUGACGGUUCUAACUGUUACUGGAUGUUUAUGAAUAUGAGCUCCAGCACCUGCCCUUCCAGUUCCAACUACUGUGAGUUUCGGAGAUGUAAUGAUUCGAUGUACUCAGUGGGAUGUGUAGACUCAUGUGACCUUGGCUCCACUCGCUGCGUAAACGACUCCCAGAUCGACUGCGUGAAAGACUGUUGCAACAUGACGGACUGCCUCAACACCACACUGCAGAAUAUGGGAAACACCCAAGAAACCACAGUCGCUGCAACAACCAAACCCAGUACGACUACCACAACAACCACAACUGCCAAACCAAACAAUGGGAUGAAGUGUAAAAGUCUUUCCUGUACCGGAGAAAACUGCUACACCACUGCUAAGGCAGAGAUGAUGUGGUGUUACGACCCACACAAAUAUUGUCAGUUAAAGAAGAUGAUGGAGGGAUCGGAAACGAAGUGGAUGUCCGGCUGCACCAGUAACUGCACCCAAGAGACAGCCUGCACGGAUGCGGCACAGACCUGCCACCUGGAGUGCUGCGACGCGUCAGCCAUGGGUGAUUGCCUUAAGCUCGACGGCAAGGUGAACAUGCCCAACUCAGAUGCCAGCAGAGCCAUAUACUCCCCCUUUAUGUUGCUGGCCACCUCUGUGAUGGCAUGGCUACUCCUCAUGGGUGAACCGAUGUAACGUCUUCGGAGGACAUCCAAGCUGCCUGCUGCAAACGAAGGAAUUAAGACCGGCUCUCAGUUUAAUGGAGUGUAUGGGUUUAUGUGUGUGUGUGUGUGUGUGUGUGUGUGU